UUAAAGUAAUUUCGUAAUACAAUAUACUCCUUGAUAGCGACUUUAUUUCAAAGUCGUUAUGCUGAGUUUAGUAUGUUCUGGUGGUUUUUUAAUUGAACCUAUAGAGAAAAACAUGUUACUUUUAUUCUAGAGUGACUGAGUCAUCUCGUCUGUCAUUAUGUCAAAGUUAUAAAAUACUUUAAAACGCUAAUUACAAAAUUGUUACACAAAUAGCAAAUCAUUGAUGGAUUAUGGAUACAACAGGAACGAUGGCUGCUUUCGAAACUUUUUCCGUUCUUUCGUCUGCGCCGCGUUAUCUCUGUUGCUCGGUCUGCAUGUUUACGCAUACUUUUGGGGGCCCAAUCAAGAAACAUUGGAUGGUGACUUUUCCGACGUAAAAUACGUCGUUGUCCAACUUACAAGAGGAUUGUCUGAGGUGAAUCGUAAGCACGAGCGGUUGCAAAAUGAGAUGGAGCGCAUAUCAUCUGUGCUGCCAGCGGUGGCGGCAGCGGCCGGCAGAGCUAAGGAUGCGCUCGUGGAUCCCGUGAUGCGAAUGCGAAACUGCCGACAAAUGGGCGAUGUAGCCGAUUAUGACAGACAGUUACCAGACUACGCGCUAGAAUCAGCUGGAGCAAGGAUACUGGAUACUGGAGAUACUCUGGAGCACGUGAUCUACGAGUCUCCGGUGGGCUGGGCGCUGCACAUGCUGACCGCAUUCCUCUGCCGCGAGUGUCUCGGCGCGCGCGCCAUGAUCCGGCCCGGCACGCUGCCCGGCGAGUGCUGGGCCUUCAAGGGCUCCCGUGGAGAGGCCACCAUUAGACUGCUCGGCACUGUCAAGAUAACCGGCAUCAGCAUCGAACAUAUACCACCGCAUAUAUCGCCUACGAGAGAAAUAUCGUCAGCACCUCGGCUAAUCCAAGUUGAAGGUCUGGAUAGUCGUGCCGAUCCGUAUCCUCAUGAUUACGGCAGCUUCGAGUACGAUAGAGACGGCAAGCCUAUCCAGUACUUCGAGGUGAUGUAUCCGUCUAAUAAAGGUCAUAAUCUUAUGAGGGUUCGUGUGCUGACGAACUGGGGCCACCCGGUGUACACGUGCGUGUAUCGCAUCAGGGUGCACGGGGACCUCGUGUCGCCUCCCAGGACCUCUAUGGCUGACGACGACAUGCGCAUCGACAAUGAAUAGCUUCUGAUAGACUUGUCUGAUCAAUAGCAGCUGUAAUAUGUUCUGCAACUAGGAAAUCACUGGUUGAAAUGGAUCCCUUUAGGUACAUGAAAUUGAUGAAUUAUUUUAUGUAAAAACGUGGGAUGUCGUUGUCUCCAAGUAUAUAAAAUAUGUAGACGUUAUGUA